CGCUACCAUGAGGAGACAUCCCACGUACUUGGGGCUCAUAUAAAUAUACGAGUCAUGAGGAUACGAGGGGUUGCGCAAGGCUGACCGAUCAGGCUGAGGUUGAAGGUGGGAUGAUGUUUGUCACCCGCGACAGACCAAUCAUUUUCUUGUGGCAUUAUUACCAAUCCAUCUUUUGCCUCUUCCACCAUGGUUCUGCUCAUCACAUAGAUUUCCCUUCAUCCCUGGUGUUGAUGUUAAACGACGAGUGUCUUCAAUAUAUCGUGCGGUGACGACCAGUUGGUCCCAAAUCAUGGCACCGUCAUUCGAAGAGCCACUCGCAGAGGCCCUGGAGGCUCCUUUGAAGGAGAAACCAAAUCUUGUUGCACCGGAACCUGAGCAUUGUCCGGGCCCUGAAUCCGAUCAAGCCGGCAAGGGUGACGCCUGCGAUGGUUGCCCAAAUCAGGCUAUCUGCGCAUCUGCGCCCAAAGGACCUGAUCCCGACAUUCCCCUCAUCACGGAGCGACUCGCGGGCAUAAAACAUAAAAUACUGGUGCUAUCAGGAAAAGGAGGCGUAGGAAAGUCAACGUUUUCCUCCCUGUUAUCACACGCAUUCGCAGCAAAUCCUGAUUCUGCCGUCGGAAUCAUGGACACCGACAUCUGCGGCCCGUCUAUCCCAAAGAUGAUGGGGGUCGAGAGCGAGACGAUACAUGUCAGCAACGCUGGUUGGAGUCCUGUUUGGGUGACCGACAACCUAGGGGUGAUGAGUGUGCAAUUCAUGCUCCCUAAUCGCGAUGAUGCUGUCAUCUGGAGAGGGCCCAAAAAGAACGGGCUCAUCAAACAAUUCUUAAAAGAUGUUGAAUGGGGCGAGUUGGACUACCUGAUAGUGGACACGCCUCCGGGCACUUCAGACGAGCACCUGUCUGUGAACUCGUUCUUGAAGGAGUCAGGGGUUGAUGGUGCUGUUGUGGUCACCACUCCUCAAGAGGUUUCCCUGUUGGAUGUUAGGAAAGAAAUCGACUUUUGCAAAAAGGCCGGCAUCCGAGUGUUGGGGCUGGUUGAGAACAUGGCUGGCUUUGUGUGUCCGAAGUGUACCCACGAGUCUCAGAUAUUCAAAGCCACGACAGGGGGCGGGAAACGAUUGUGUCAGGAUAUGGGCAUUCCUUUCCUCGGGUCGGUUCCUUUAGAUCCCCGAAUUGGCAUGGCCUGCGAUUUUGGAGAGAGCUUCUUGGAUAGCUUUCCCGACAGCCCAGCCUGUAAAGCAUUGAGACAGGUUGUGAGGUCGGUAGGCAAAUUGAUUGGAGAGGAUCCAGAUGAGGUUUUGCCAGACGGGCCAAUAUGAAAAGAAAGAAGGGAUUUUGGCUACCGCGUUACCCUCUUAACUCUGAAUGGACACUUCUGGGCAGAUUCAUCUUGGGCAAUGGCACACUGCACGCCUGGUGCUUGUCUGGGGCCGUCUCACACCUCCAAACAGCCAGUCCAACUUUAUCGGUAUCGACUGGUGAUAGCAUGGAAGCCAUUUCGACACUAGCAAAUGGACGAAGUGCAGUGUUUCCGCCUCAAGCAUCACACAUUACAUCUGGAGAAGACAGAACAGCCUCAGCCUCAGCCGAUACCCGUAUCCAACCCAAGCUCCAGUGUGGAAAUGGAGGCUUGAGACACACAUUAACAAGGCAGGAAGUUUCUGAUUAUGAAUACGCAAACCAGUGACGAGUCACGCGAAGCUAUGAGCUCGUAUUGAGGGCACGAACGGCAACUUGUGUCGAGAAGAACUCGCGUUUUAAGAUCCGUUCGAGGUGAAGCGCAAGGUUCAAGGGUGCACCGUGUAUCGUGCGCUACCUAAGUACGGAGCAGGUAGCACGGCGGUUACCGGACCAGGCGGACAUGAGCAUUUUGAAGGGUGAUAAGUUACAAUCAUGACUCGUUAGAGGUACAUGAGGGACGGAGGAUGGAGGAGUACCGUACUACAAUACUACGAGUCUGAGGCAUGAACUGAACGCGACGCCGAGGCUGCUCUUUAACAUGGACUAUACCAAUUCCGGACCGUAGACAAUACUAUACUUCCAAACCUCA